CCCGACGCUCAAGGUUGGAGGAGAAAGGAGGUGGUGGCUUCUCUUGCUCUCUCUUUUUUUUCCCCUUCGCGGAAGUGGGGUGGGAAAAAGGUCGGGGGUUGAGAAGAAGUUCGGAUCGGGAAGGAAAGUUGGGACGAGAAGCAGACAAACCGGGCUGGAUUCGGAGGAAAGGAUCGGAAAGAAGAAGUAAACUCUCCAGCCAAGUUUGGACGGCAGGAUGAGCCGGGCUUGGCCAUGACAAAACAAUGGGGCCCUUUCUCAGCCCCGGAUGGCUUGGCUUGGGGUUCCUCCUGGGAUCGGUUCUGCCCGGAGUUUGGGGCACCGAAGUCUGCACAGGAACUGAUAUGAAGUUGCAACGUCCCUCCAGCCCAGAAAACCACCAUGCCACCCUCCGCCGGCUCUAUGAAUACUGUCAAGUUGUGCAAGGCAACCUGGAGAUCACACACUUACCAGCAUCUGCAGAUACGUCCUUCCUCAAGGACAUCAGAGAGGUCCAGGGAUAUGUGCUGAUUGCCAAGAAUAAUGUGAGUAACUUGCAUCUGGAGAACCUCAUCAUCAUUCGUGGGACCCAGCUAUAUGAGGACAAGUAUGCACUAGCCAUCCUUGACAAUGCCGACCACAGUGGGAAUGUAGGACUGCGGGAGCUGGGCAUGUUGAAACUGACAGAAAUCUUGAAAGGCAGCGUGAUUGUUAAAAGGAACCCACAGCUGUGUUUCCAGGAAACCAUCUAUUGGGAUGCCAUCUUCCAUAAAGACAACAAGCAAAAUGACACAGAGAUCAGUAGCCAGCGACUUCGGCAAUGCCUUGACUGCAACCAAAUCUGCCCCAAUGGCCACUGCUGGGGAGAAGCCAAAGGAAGCUGUCAGACAUUGACAAGCACAAUCUGUGCCAGCAGCUGUGCCAGGUGCAAGGGCAGGCGACCGACAGAUUGUUGCCAUGAGCGGUGUGCGGCGGGCUGCACAGGACCUAAGCAUUCGGACUGCCUGGCCUGUUUGAACUUCAAUCACAGUGGGGUCUGUGAACUCCAUUGCCCACCGCUCAUCAUCUACAAUCCAGACACCUAUGAAUCCAUACCCAAUAAACAUGGGCGCUAUACCUUUGGAGCAACUUGUGUCACCGAAUGCCCUUAUAAUUACCUGGCUGCAGAGGUGGGUUCUUGUACUUUGGUAUGUCCUCAGAAUAGCCAGGAGGUGCGUGUGGACAACAUGCAGAAGUGUGAAAAGUGCACCAAGCCCUGCCCAGAAGGUUGCUAUGGCUUGGGGAUGGGCUCCUUAAAAGGGGUUCGUGCUGUCAAUGCCUCCAAUAUCCAUCACUUUGCCGGCUGCACCAAGAUUUUUGGCAGCUUAGCCUUUCUGCCGGAGACCUUCGCAGGGGAUCCUGACACCAAUACUCCACCUUUGGAUCUUCAGCAGCUUAAAAUCUUUGAGAACCUAAAGGAUCUCACUGGCUACCUCUACAUUGAAUCAUGGCCGGGGACGUUCUCAGACUUGACUCCCUUCCAGAACCUUCAGAUGAUCCGGGGUCGAGCCCUCUACAACGGAGCGUAUUCCCUAACAUUGCAGCACCUCAACAUCACUUCUCUUGGCCUGCGUUCACUGCAGGAGAUCAGCAGCGGGAUGGUCCUUAUCCACCACAACCCUAAUCUGUGUUUCAUCCAAAGCGUGCCGUGGGGAGAUAUCUUCAAAAAUCCCCGGCAGACGCUGUUCCAGAAUGAUAACAGCCCAGUUGAGCAGUGUGAACUCCAAGGUCAGGUGUGCUUCCCAUUGUGCUCCGAGGGACAUUGCUGGGGACCAGGAGCAACCCAGUGCAGGACCUGUAAUGGCUUUCUGCGUGGAAAGGAAUGUGUAGAGACCUGCAACAUUCUGGAUGGAGAUAUCAGAGAAUAUGUCAGUGGGACACGGUGCUUUCCCUGUCAUCCAGAGUGCAUGCCCCAAAAUGGAACGGAGUCCUGCAAUGGCUCGGAAGCAGAUCAAUGUAUGGCUUGUGCUCAUUACAAAGAUGGCCUUUCUUGUGUGGAGCGGUGUCCCAGUGGUGUGAAGAUGGAUAACUCUUUUGUUCCCAUCUGGAAAUAUGCUGAUGAUGAAGCCAUUUGUCAGUUUUGUCCAAUCAACUGCACACAUUCUUGCGCAGCCCGAGAUGAAUUAGGCUGCCCCGUGGAUCAGAAACCUGGCCAGGCUACCUCCAUCAUAGCUGGGGUGGUGGGAGCUGCCCUUGCCCUGGUCCUCUUGCUUAUCAUCAUUGUUUGCAUCAACCGGCGGAAGCAGCAAGAAAGGAAACACACAAUGCGCCGUCUUCUUCAGGAGACUGAGUUGGUGGAGCCAUUGACACCGAGUGGAGCUCUGCCAAACCAGGCUCAGAUGCGUAUUCUCAAGGAGACGGAAUUGAAAAAAGUCAAGGUGUUGGGGUCCGGUGCUUUUGGAACAGUGUACAAGGGUGUUUGGAUUCCAGAUGGUGAGAACGUGAAGAUCCCAGUGGCCAUCAAAGUCUUGCGAGAAAACACCUCGCCCAAAGCAAACAAGGAGAUAUUGGAUGAGGCAUAUGUCAUGGCAGGUGUGGGCAGCCCAUAUGUUUCUCGGCUUCUGGGAAUCUGCCUCACUUCCACGGUGCAGCUGGUGACUCAGCUCAUGCCCUACGGCUGCCUGCUGGACUAUGUGCGGGAGAACAAGGACCGUAUUGGUUCCCAGGACCUUCUGAACUGGUGUGUGCAGAUAGCAAAGGGUAUGAACUACCUGGAGGAAGUCCGUCUGGUCCAUCGAGACUUGGCUGCCAGGAAUGUUUUGGUGAAGAGUCCAAACCAUGUGAAGAUCACGGAUUUUGGCUUGGCCCGACUGCUGGACAUUGACGAGACAGAAUAUCAUGCAGAUGGAGGAAAGGUGCCCAUCAAAUGGAUGGCAUUGGAGUCCAUCUUGCGCAGGCGAUUCACUCACCAAAGUGAUGUGUGGAGCUAUGGUGUGACUGUAUGGGAGCUGAUGACAUUUGGUGCCAAACCAUACGAUGGCAUCCCAGCCCGAGAGAUCCCUGAUCUGCUAGAGAAAGGAGAGAGGCUGCCGCAGCCCCCCAUCUGCACCAUUGAUGUUUACAUGAUUAUGGUGAAAUGUUGGAUGAUUGAUUCAGAAUGCCGGCCUAAGUUCCGAGAACUGGUCACGGAGUUCACUCGUAUGGCCAGAGAUCCACAGCGUUUUGUGGUUAUUCAGAAUGAUGAUAAGAUGGGUCUAGCCAGCCCCAUUGACAGCACUUUCUACCGCACGUUGCUAGAGGAAGAAGACAUGCAAGAUCUGGUGGAUGCAGAAGAGUACCUGGUCCCCCACCAGGGGUUCUUCAGCAGCGAGGCAUCACCUGACUAUCGUCCUCGGAUUCCUUCAACCAGAAGUGCCACAGAGACUCAGCCAGAUGCAGAGGAGACUGACGAAUCAGCUCAGAGCCCAUAUUUGGGCCCAUUGCUCCCGGAACAGCCAGACACUGUACUCACUAACUUGAUGCUCGAUGGAGACUGUGCAGCAAGCAAGGCAUUGCAGGACUCACUGCCGGAGUCCAGCCCUCUUCAGCGCUACAGUGAAGAUCCCACCAGUCCCUCAACUAAUGAACAUGAGGAUCUGGAUGCCCAAAACUACAAUUCACCAUCUGGUUUCAUUCCAGAAUAUGUUAACCAGCCAGAAAACAAUUUGCCUUCCUGCAAAAUUGUUCGACCACCUGGGACUACCCUAGACAAGCCAAAGGGUCAUUUUGGCAAGAAUGGACUCAUCAAAGAUCCAAAGAAUACCUUCCCCAGCAGUUUCACCAAUGUGGUGGAAAACCCAGAAUAUCUGACGCCAUGCAACCUCCCUGUGGCUGGCCCUUUAUCCCAAGCCUUUGACAAUCUUUAUUAUUGGAAUCAAGACCCUUCCAAGAGCAACCCAGUAGAAUUCUUUGCUACCUCCGUUGCUCCUGUUGCCACCACUAAUGGCUUCACUACAACCCCAACUGCGGAGAAUCUGGAGUACCUCGGUCUUGCAGAAUCUGUCACUUGCUCCAAGGAGUUUGCAUGAAGGCCAUUCCCCAUCACCAGAGACUUCAAUUUUCAUAGUGAAGGCAGCUCAGGACACAAACUAGUGAAUUAUUGAUUCAUGUAAGAAUGAGCAAAAUUCAUAUAGGCCUCUUCAGGCCAAGGAGGUUGCUUUUUCCUCUUCUUCUUGGCAGCUAGGCUAAGGCAGGGGUGGACAGAAGAUAGAUCUGGAUCGCAUGGCUGAUUCACAGUGCAUUACAAUGGAUUGCUGAUUCCUGAUUCCUGGAGCAGAAAAAAAUGUCAUCCCUUCCAUAUACACUUUAAUUUAUACUGCUCAAAUUUAUACUGAGAUGAUCCAGGAGUGUUUUUGUGUGUGGGAAACCUUUGAGCAUCACUCAGGACUAAUUCCUGGGCCCAGAAUUAAUUUUAUAUGUAUGACUAUUGCAUCAUGUUCUGGUUGAUGGAUCUAAGGGUUCCCUGUAUGGGCUUUGUGACAAUUUCCAUCAGGCAUGCAAACAAAAUGGAGUGCUCCUCAGUGUCUUCUCCAUCUCUUCCUUGGAUUACAAGACAGAAAGGGUGAGACCACUACUUGGAUUAUUUUAUUUAGAAUUGAAACUUCUGGAGAGGGUGGGUAGAGAAAAGCCACCAGAAGAUAUUCAUCCUGGAUUUUGCACUGACACUAAGGAAAAGCCGUGAGAUACUGUUUUGGAAGAAAUUGAGGGCAGAAUGUGAGUUUCUCUUUGAAACUGUGAUGUUUUUGAUUGUGAUAAAAAAGGGAAUUUUUGUUUGGACUUGAGAACAGAAAAGACAUUGUUCUUUCACAAGGUUACAUCAAAAUGUAUAUGUGGUAAUAGAGUCUGGAGAAAUAAUUUUGCGUCGUAGCAAAAAUCUUUGUGAUGAUUAUGCUACUAGAAGAAUCAGAUGCAGAACAACAAAACCCCAAUUCAUUACAUGAUAUGGGCAGCUUUAUAAACUACAGUGUUCCCUCACUACUUCGCAGUUCACUUUUCGUGGAUCCGCUGUUUCGCAGUUUUUCAAUAAACUCUAAAAGACUAUUAUAAAUCAUAAAAAAUUAUAAUUUACAGCCUAAGAAAGGGAGGAAGGAGAAGUCAAAGGGAGAGAAAAGGAGCCCAAGCGGCAACAAGAGGAGGAGGUGGUGAUUUAUCAACACACAAUUGGUUGAUAAAGACUUAAAAUAGUGUAUAACUACUAAAAUAAUGUAUAAAUAUUAAAAAUAGUGUCCCUACUUCAUGGAUUUUCACUUAUUGCGGGUGGUCCUGGAACCUAACCCCGCGAUGUGAGGGAACACUGUAUAAUAAUCUGAGACUAAUUGAACAUCUUACUAUAGUGCAGUAAUAUAUUUGUUUAUUUUUUUAAAGUGACACCACUUUUUAAUACCAAAUUUUAUAUUGCAUUGUUGUGGCAUUCAAUUUGAAACUAUACAGAAAAAGCCAAGAGCAGCAGACAUACUAUUUUGGGUGAUAGAGAGGGAGAUUUGAGCUGCUAUUCUCAGUGUUCUUUGAUUAUUUAUUGCAUUGAAAUUGGGUGGGGCUAUAAAAAUUGCUGUCAGAAGAACAAAAUAACGGUUGUGGAGAUCCCGUUUCACUUCUUUGCUCUUUUUUUGUGGGGAAAGAUGUCCAGAAAUACAAGCUUGAAGGUCCAUGGGAAAAUCUCUGAAGUCAGAGAAGUCCUGGAAUAAGAUUUCCAAUGAUUGUGGGGUGAAGAUUCAAUGUUCUGUCCUUGUUGACAAGCAAAAUAGUCUGCCGAAUAAAUUAUGUAUAAUAAGAGGAAUGUAGCAAAACUGCUCAGUUUGGGUGGUUUAUACAGACCACUAAACUGAGCUUUUAUAAGUGCCUUAAACAUAGAACUCUAAAGCAAGGCCUAUUACUCAGUGUUUUUCUCAAAGAAUUAACUGGGAAUUGGAUGUCAAUGGUAGGGAUGGCGAUUGUAAAUAUGAUUUGCAUCUUGCUCAUUGAAAUGUAAAGUUGUUGUAUUAAUUUUGGACCUUUUCAUCUCAAAAAUUCAGCUUGCUACGAUAUUAUCUUCACAUGGAACUGUCACUUCAAAAUCUAACUAUGUAGAAUUCAGCUGUUUUUUGGGGUAAUAGUAGGAGGAGGAUGGGAAUCAGAGCUGGUCCAACAAUGAGGCGAAUUAAGUGGUCGCUUUGGGCACCAAACAUACGGGGGCGCAGUCGAGACUGCUUUUUCUGUUGAUUUGUUGUAAAACAUGAUGUUUUGGUGCUUAAUUUGUAAAAUCUUAAUGUAAUUUGAUGUUUAAUAGGCAUUUCCUUAAUCCCUCCUUAUUAGCCAACAUUUUCACUUAUCCAACGUUUAUUUUUCAGUGAUUGUUUUUGGGGGGGCGCCAAAAUUCUGUUCGCCUACACUUGAAAAAUACCUAGGGCCGGCUCUGAUGGGACUAGAAAUCCUUACAACUAUGAGAAUGUAAAAGCAAGUGUUAGGAAAGAUUGAUGUUGGCUUUAGAGAAGAGAUCAAUCUUUCUUGUCCACUGUAAUUUUCUAUGUAUUGACUUCCUCCCAGUACAGAGGCAGCUCUUCCUGGAAGGUAAAUGGUCUGUAAUGGAAAGUUAAGUUCCUUUGAAAGUAGAAAAAAAUGACCUGUGAUGCUACAUGGGGUAGUCAGCAAUGAAGACACCACAGUGCCUUUCUUUGAAAAAUUAAGUGUUCUCCUUUUCCUUUUUUCUUAGUCUCAGGAUUCUAAAAACUAAAACAACCUGUUCUCUGAAGGCAGUUCUCUAUGUAAUUGUGAUUAGAAUGGCUUGUUCUCAGUGUGUUCAAAUCUGUGGGAACUGCAAAUAGUACUUUCAGCACCAUCUAUGGAAACUCUGUAAGUAACACAAGGUAAAAUUAAAACACAGUCGAUUUUGGGCAUGAUGGAGGGAGGGGGGAGGAGCCAUCGAACUUCCCUCUAAAACCUGUUUUCAAGCUGGUGCUAUUUUGGUACACUGACAGUUAUAUGCUGUGGAUGACUUCAAAACAAUCAAUUGUGUCAUAAGUAUUUGUAUAUCUGAGAAUUAUACAUUGGUUUUCAUUUUCUA